AUGUCCGCGCCGCUCGUGUUCAAAGGCCGGGAGCACGCGAUGACACAAAAUGAGCUUGCUGCCUCCUCGGCUGCAACCAAGGCUAAUGGUCCUGAGGACGAGAACGAGGAGGAAAGAAUUCUGAAGAUUGAGUCUGACUUAGUCGAGCCUCCCGGUGGUUCUGAAAAGAUGGUCGGCAGAAAGCGCCAACCCAGUCAACCAGCCACGAACAAGGCUGCCAAAAAGCGCAAGCAGGCCGAGGUUCAAGAAGCUCUGAAGGAGCCCUCUCAGACUGCCCUAACCUCGCUCGAGAACCAGUCGUCAUCUCAGUAUGUCACACCUGGGUCUACUUCACCAAUCGGCCGGAAUACUACCAAGUCCGGUAACUCCACGGGAGUCGCGCCUGCCGCGCAAAUGCUUCCCCUCGGUACCUCCAUCCCCAAUGGUGAGAGUGGUCCCGAGGAUCACGGUACUAGCGAUACUGAGAGAGACGAUGUCUUCCCCAAGCCGGCUCAAGUUCCUAGGAGACGCGGUCGUCCCAGAAAGACUCAUGAUACUGUCUCAACCAACGCCAAACCCCCGGUACCGGCUGGAUCAACCACCAAAGGCAAGUCCAGGCCCACAGGCCCUUGCUUACGUCGAUCUACUCGUGGCGCUGCCACAGAGAAGGCCAUUCCGGCGAAGAAGGUACUUGCAACCGCCCUGUCCUUUAGAUAG